GGGUCUGGCUUCCGCCGGACGCCGGAAAUGGCUCUCCGCCCCUGUCAGUGGGCCAUGGAGACUGUGGCACAGUAGCGUCUGAGUAGUGAGGAUUGCGAGGCCGACGGCCAUGGAGGCCGUGCUGAACGAGUUGGUGUCUGUGGAGGAUCUGCUGAAAUUUGAAAGGAAAUUUCAGUCUGAGAAGGCAGCAGGCUCGGUGUCCAAGAGCACGCAGUUUGAAUAUGCCUGGUGUCUGGUGCGAAGCAAGUACAACGAUGACAUCCGUAAAGGCCUUGCUCUGCUGGAGGAGCUGCUGCCCAAAGGGAGCAAAGAGGAGCAGCGGGAUUAUGUCUUCUACCUGGCCGUGGGGAACUACCGGCUCAAGGAAUAUGAAAAGGCCCUAAAGUAUGUGCGCGGGCUGCUGCAGACAGAGCCACAGAACAACCAGGCCAAGGAACUGGAAGGGCUCAUUGACAAGGCCAUGAAGAAAGAUGGACUAGUGGGCAUGGCCAUUGUUGGAGGCAUGGCCCUGGGCGUGGCCGGACUGGCUGGACUCAUUGGACUUGCUGUAUCCAAGUCCAAAUCCUGAACGAGACUGCAUCUCCGCCUCUGCCCGGGGAUACAUGGGAGCCCGUGGAGGACACUGGAGAGACCCCUCCUGACCCCCGUCCCUCUUCCCCUGCACCCCGGCACUGUCCUCUGUGGCCUUCAGCCCCCUCCCCCCGAGACCUGUCCUCUAGCCCCAAAUCAUGUGCUGUGGGACAAGUGUAAAUAAACUGGGCUUUGGCUUGGGA